AGAGCAGGCAGAGUAAGCACUUAGUUACGCUAGCAGAGUGAUGUUCCUUAGUCAAGUAAGUCAAGAUGGCGGCGCCCAGAAGGUUGUUUAUGGCUGUUGAUGUCCCAUGUUCUGUGAUUACAGCAUUGCGCAGGAAUAGAGUGUUCACAUCAAGAUCUUUUGGGUCUCCAGUGACAAAAUACAUUCAUCUUUCUAAGGCGCUGUCACAAAGAUCUGGUAAUGGGGAUGGGAAUGGCAGCGAUGCUGAAAGGUCGAAGUAUACCACCGACGAUAAUAAUAGUGUCAGUGACAGUGUCAGCAGUAGAUCUAGAUCUAGUAGUAGUAGAUCUGGAGCUGGAUCUAGAUCUAGAUCUACCUCUUUUCAGCGGGCACGGUCUGAUGAGCCUGAAAAAGAAGACUUCUUUGGAAUUCCGGAGGGAUUUAAGUUGCAACAAGUCAGGAUUCAGUCCCCUCUUAACGCAGACAAAAAUGUCAGGCAGUCUGAGCUAUAUUUGUCACGAAGAGAACGACGGAGGUCAAAGUCAAAACAAGAUCAGUUGGCAGCAAAAUCAAAAGCAAUAGACUUUUCUAUGCCCUUUGGCAGCAUUUCUUUUGAUAAUAAUGACAAAUCUGUGUUUAAUGUUCAAAAUCCUGAUCGAAGUGCGUCUGUGAUCAGCAGAAUGUUGCAUGAACAGUCCUUGAGUAACAGGCUAGGUAGUGCCAAAGAGCAUGGUCCUGGUAUUGUGGGUGCUGCCACUGAGACUGUUGCAACGGAUGAUCAUGAGAGUAAAUCUACCAGUUCUCCUACAACAUCUUUCUCUUUGGAUGAGUCUUUCAAAAGAGAAACAAGUCAUAUGAAUUCAGAACGACAUGUGAAAGACAAUUAUUUUGAUGAAGUUUAUUUUCCUGCUCACAGUCCUUCCUUAGUAGACGAAAAGACUUUGUAUCGAAAUCCCAGAAUGAAAACGAAGGAAAGACAUGAGUUGUCCCAGCAAAGUAAAUCAUCUGAAAUUGAAAAACGUCAAAAUAAAAUAUUUGAUAAUGAUCAUUUCAACUCCUCCAACUACACUGCUGGUAAAGACAGCAUCCAGUCUGAUCUGUCUUUUGUUGAUGAUCAGUAUUUUAGUAGUUCUGACUGCAUUAACCAAAAAAGUUCAAGUGAUGCUUCUGCCAUGUCAGAAUAUGAUACUGAAAAAGAAAGUGAAGAAAAAAGAGAAUUUAAUGCAAUUGAUGAACAAUACUUUGCUACUACUUCUCCAUCCCUUCAUGGAGAUGGAUAUGGUUCUGAAACAGACAUGAUUUCUUCAAAGCAGAAUAUGGAAGUAAAAUCGCAACUGCAGCUUUCAAUUCUUGAUCAUUUAAAUCAGCAGCAGAACUAUUCCUUCGAUCCUCCCUCUGAUAAUGAGAGAAGUCAGAGCCACAAUGAAUUUAACGCAGUUGAUGAGCAAUAUUUUGGUCAUACUGCUUCUUCUGCUCAGUCAUUUCACAGAGAUAUCGAUACAAGUUUUGUACAGGAACAGACUUCUUCAAAGCAGGAUGUGAAAUACCAAACUGAGGUACAACAGCCGUUGAAUCUACAGCUGCAGUAUUCCGUGAAUGAACCUCCUGCUAUUGAUGUCUUGGGUACAAAGAUAUCAGACUCUGUUACAACAACAUGGCCCAUGCAGAGUGAAGUACCUUUUCAGGGACAGAUUUCUAGUGAGAGUAGCAUACAAUAUUUAAAAGAGAAGUCUCCAAUUGUAAAGAAAAAGUUGCCUGUGCCACACUUGGAGUCGCCUGAAACAGCUUAUGACCUGGCAAUGAAGAUUAGACAGGAUCUCCAAAGAGACCAAGAAAGUGAACUGAAUGCUGAUGAUGAACAGCAUUUCUUUGGUAGAAAACGGGACAGCAAGGGAUUCCGUGUUCCAGUCAGUCCAGUUCCACAGUGGGAUAAAAUGACCAUUACUGAUAUCCUCAUCUUGUUAAAGAAAAGGAUCAUAUACAAUAAUGAUGACUUUCUGGCAAUAAACAAACCAUAUGGACUGGCGUCAAUUGGCCAGAAAGAUGAGAGAGUCAGCCUUUCCCAUCUUCUACCAGAUUUCACAAGAAUGCUGCCCAAAACCUUUGCUGCAAAUGAACUUCACAUUGUGCAAGGUUUAGACCGGGAUGUCACAGGAACUGUGGUGUUGGCAAAGACUCCUGAAGUGGCUUCUGUUCUGAGAGGCAUGUUCAACACCGAGGGAGAGAUCAUUCAGCGCUUUUGGGCAAUCACUAAAGGAGUCCCCAGCCCUUCCCAUGGGGUCAUUGACAUUCCCAUUGGCGAGGGGAAAGUUGGCAGUCUUUACAAGAUGGUACUUCGGCCGCAGUACAGCACAGAGCAGAAAAAGCUGGGGAAGAAGACAAGCAGAGCUCGAAGCUACCAGGCAGUAACAGAAUUCCAGGUGCUAUGUUCCCACCAGCAGUCAGCCAUUGUGGAGUGCACACCACUCACCAACAACCUUAAACACCAGAUCAGGGUACAUCUAGCCAGUGGUCUCAACACACCAAUCCUGGGGGACCACAAGUACUCACAUUUCUCCAAGACAGCGCCUCAGAAACUUCACAGGGAAAUGCUGGACUUGCUAAAGAUUCGCCAAGCUAAGGUACGCGAGUUGGGACUUCACCUGCACUGUCGCUCCAUCAUCCUCCGGAACUACAAUGGCAAGAUGAUCUUCCUCACCACCCGACCACCCACACACUUCAAAGAGAGUGCUCAAAAGCUGAAACUGCAGAUUCCGAGAAAACAUAUGAAGAACUUGUAACUUGUGAUAAAGUUGUAACUUGUGGUAAAGAUUCUACUGAGUAGCGCAGCCUUAGAAGGUGAUUGGUUUUGGGGAGGGAGGGGGGCAGGGUAUGUAUACAACUAAUGUGUUCCAAUGGAUUGACUUGGUUAUGAAACCUUUGAAGAUGUGUUGGAGUCCACUUUUGAAAAUAGAGUAAAUUUUUGUUCUCAAAAUCCUUGAAGUUAUGAUCAGGGGAGAAGCCAAGUCUGUUCCAUUUCCAUGCACCAGUCUGUUGUAAGAAAUGUUCUAUGUUUGUUGUAAAUAAACUGACUAUUAAUUAUAUUGCA